UGGCCGGCCCCGCUGAAGAGAGAGAGAAAGAGAGUUGAGAGGGUUUGUGAGAGGCGGGGAACCAAAGGGAGAACGAGGAACAAGAAGAAGUAAUCGGAGAGGCGCAUGCAACACCAGAUUCUGAUCAAGGUAGUUCUGCCAGCUUUGAGAUGCUUGUAAUGGCUAUGCGGCAUUAAGAACGAUGAAGACUUUGUCCCUUCCUUACCAAGUAUUAAAUUUUUCAUCUAAAAAAUUUGAAGUGCAUAAGCACCUACUAUCUAAAGGACCAAAGAUGGAGCUUACUAUCACACAACCUGAUGACUGGCAUCUUCACCUUCGUGAUGGCGACUUUCUCAAAGCUGUCAUCUCUUCUAGUGCAAAGCAUUUUGGAAGGGCAAUAAUUAUGCCAAAUUUGAGGCCACCUAUUACAACCACGGCUGCUGCUGUGGCUUAUCAAGAGUCCAUCUUGAAAGCACUGCCUAGAGAUAGUAACUUCACUCCACUAAUGACUCUUUACCUAACAGACAUGACAAGCCCUGAUGAGAUUAAACUUGCAAAAAGAAGCGGACUUAUUUAUGGUGUGAAGCUUUAUCCUGCUGGUGCCACCACAAACUCCCAAGACGGUGUUACUGAUCUUUUUGGGAAAUGUUUUCCUGCUCUAGAGGAGAUGGUUCAGCAGAAUAUACCAUUAUUGGUUCAUGGGGAGGUUACAGAUCCUAGUGUUGAUAUUUUUGAUAAGGAAAAGGUCUUUAUUGAAACAAUUUUAGAGCCUUUACUUCAAAGGCUUCCGCAGUUGAAGGUUGUAAUGGAACAUAUUACUACCGUGGAUGCUGUUAAAUUUGUAGAAUCUUGCAAUGAAGGUUAUGUAGCUGCAACUGUUACACCACAGCAUCUUCUUUUAAACCGCAAUGCUCUAUUCCAAGGUGGCUUGCGGCCCCACAAUUACUGUCUUCCAGUGCUGAAAAGAGAAAUCCACAGACAAGCUAUUGUUUCUGCUGUUACUAGUGGAAGUAAAAGAUUUUUCCUUGGAACUGAUAGCGCUCCUCAUGAAAGAUAUAAAAAAGAAUGUAGUUGUGGAUGUGCUGGCAUAUACAACUCCCCUGUCGCUCUAUCACUCUAUGCAAAGGUUUUUGAAGAGGCUGGUGCACUGGACAAGCUGGAGGCCUUCACAAGCUUUAAUGGACCAGAUUUCUACGGCCUUCCAAGAAACAGCACAAAGAUUAAACUGAGGAAGACUCGAUGGAAGGUGCCAGAGUCUUUUUCCUUUCCAUUCGGAGACAUUGUGCCCAUGUUUGCGGGUGAAACGCUUGAAUGGGAGGCAAUCCUUACUUGAUUCAUGUCACUUCCUUUAAAAGUUCAGCGUCUUUCUGCCGACUACUAAUCAUACUGGAGAAGUCUAACAAAUUGGAGAGCCAAACAUUGAUAGUUUAGUCUUCAAUUGUGUAUUAUUAGCUCUGCAUGCUGCGGCUUCGUUUUUUCUUUUUUCUUAAAAUUUUUUUAUUAUCCAUUACUAAACAGGUCAUUAAUUAAUUACUAUGAAAUCUAGCAUAUUUGCAGUAUGAAAUCUAGCAUAUUUGCAGUUUUGUUGACCA